AUGAAUUCCGGCGACACGGUCUGGUGGCAUGCAGAUAUGUGUCACGCGGUGGAAGUCGAACACAAUGGAGACCACGAAGCCAGUGUGGCACACAUUGCCGCAACCCCGAUGACGGAGGAGAACAAGAGCUAUAUCAAACGCCAGCUGGAAGACUUUCUGAACGGCAGACCACCAGAGGACUUCUGCGCAGGGCCUGCAGAGCGGAGCUUCAUGCUGCGCACGGGCGAGGCCGGUCUUCUAGGGGGCGAAGCUGGAAGGAAGGCCAUGGGCUUCGACCUGAUUGUCUGA